UGGUGUCGUAAUGUGCCUUCCGACGCUCCCGAAUAAACACAUAAUUCAAUUUGAGUCUCUACCACCGGAGCUGGACUUUGAGACCUGCUUGGGAAGGUGGAGACUGGACACGUACUAGUGUUGAUUCAUCACAAAAGGAGAGUAGACCGCGCAGUAGUAUGUGUCCACCCGUUUCUUUGCGACGUUAAAUUAGUACCUGGGGCCUAUUUUGGUCUGGGCUCUCUCCUGUCUCCAAAGAGCAACAGCUGAGCGUUGGACCAUGAGGCUUCCCGAGGAAAUGUGCGUUUUGGGCCUCUCCCUGCUCGCUCCUGCAGUCUUGUACACCAUGAACAAUGUCCCUGCACUCCAUGAGCCUCUGCCCAUCCUGGGAAUCGGAGUGGCCAUCCUGGGAUCUGUUCUUCUUCUCCUACUCCUCUUAACCGCACCACAUAAAAAGACAGCGGAUCCUUUAUUUUAUGUGUUUGCAGUUUUCUCUUUUACUUGUCUGGUGGGUCUGACGAAUGCCCUGGAGCAGGAUGGCUUCAUAUCAGGCUUCAUGGGCUUCUACCUCAAGAUGGGUGAACCUCACCUGAGUACUGCCUAUGCUGUGAUGAUGUCAUACUGGGAAGGUGUCGUUCACUUGAUUCUCUUUCUCGUCAUCAUCCAUCGCAUGUUCAGAAGGAAAUCUUACCGCAGCCUUUCACUGCUUUGGGUGGGGUCCUCCAUCAUGCAUCAACUUGUUCACAUCCCGGGAGUGGUUGUAGGUAAACACGGAUCUAACAUCUAUCCAGCUUUUUGGCGAAAUGUUCCCUUCUUUUUAGCACCUUUCUGGGCAGCUUCCAUCCUUUUUAGCAGGCCCAGAGUGAUGCCUAUCAUCACAGCAGACAAGAUCAUGGCCGAGCAAAAGAAAGAUCUGUUAUCUCGUCCGCUUGACCUGCAGUUUGCCGUGUUGCUCCUGGGAGGUGUGGCCGGCUGUGUUUUUAGAGGCUUUGUGGUGCUGGAUUGUCCUUUGGAUUUCUGUUUCAGAUACAUUUAUCAGUUUGAACCUUACCUUAAAGAUCCGGUGGGCUUCCCCAGAGUGAUGAUGCUGGUCUAUUUGUUCUAUGCUGUGCCCCUGAUGAGCCUCCUCCUCUAUGGUCUGAUAAGACCAGGCUGCAGCUGGAUGCUAGACUGGACUCUCGUCUUUGCUGGAGCCACCGCCCAGGCCCAGUGGUGCCACAUCGGCGCAUCUCUACACUCCCGCACCCCCUUCACAUACCGAGUCCCAGCAGACAAAUUGUGGACCGUUAUCACCUUCAAUGUACUGCUUGCUGUCGUGCCCGCUCUGCUGGCUCUGCGCUGCCACUACAGUCCCGCUUAUUUCAUGAAACCCGUUCCCAAAGGACAGAGCAAUAGCAAAAAGAAGAAAAACUAGACCGCGCAAAAGUCAAGGCUUCCCCCAGGUAUACAUUCUAUCAAGAUGACUGCCUCACGAAAAAAACUACUUGUUGCAACACCCAACAUGUUCUAGCCCCAUACCUGGAGGAAAGUCGCAAUCAUGUUGCUGCGAGUGGCCCAGUGCAGCACUCCCUUGUCUGGACUGUUGGACCUUGAUACGAAGGUCCUUAAUGGGGGUGAGGACUGUGAUCAGCAAGCACAGCUUUCGGGUGACUCAUGCAACACAUCCACUUCCUGUCUCUCCUCAUCUUCAUCUUCAGCAGUUGAGUGAAUUAAAUAACACCACCAUUUUAAUUCCAGGAUCUAAGGUAUCAAAACAAUUGUGAACAAAACAGAACCGAAUUGAAUUCAAAGCGAAAGUGUACAGGAAGGUUCAAGUUAAAAAGAUCAUGCCACAAAUGCAAGAAAUGACAUACUAUUGCAAAUUUUAAUAUUGAAAAAUAAAGGUGAUGAUUAUUAUGAAAUACAA